AUGGUUUUUGAUAAACCCGUAAGUUUGUGACAUUUCGUUCUUUUAUUGAUUGUUUGUAGUUAAAAUACGUUCAGAAACUAUAGUAAGAUUUCAAAAACUCGAAUAAAUGGAAAUUUUGAGCUUUUAAAUUGUUAAACUUGAUUUUACAAUAAUAAUCUUUGUUAAUUUAAAAAAGUUUUCUUCGUAUUUUAGGUAAUAUUUCUUCAUUUCCAGAUCUAAUCCGACUUGUUUCAGGUAAAAGAGAUAGUAUGUGUUGGUGCCGGUUAUGUUGGAGGUCCAACAUGUGCGAUGAUUGCUCACAAAUGCUCGAAUAUCAAUGUUACUGUGGUGGAUAUGAACGCGGACAAGAUUGCUGAAUGGAAUUCUGAUAAACUACCGAUCUUUGAGCCUGGGCUAGAAGAAAUUGUGAAGGCUGCGAGAGGGAAGAAUCUGUUCUUCUCGGCUGACAUUCCAGCUUGUAUCAAGAAGGCGGAUUUGAUCUUCAUCUCGGUUAAUACUCCUACAAAAACGUGAGUUUGGCUUGUUUUAGGUAAAAAGGUCUUUAUAAAGAAGUGUUUUUACAUUAUUUAGCUAAAAGAAGUAGUAUAUUUUCUUGAAAAUAUGAUUUUUUUUCUAUUUUGGACCAGCUUGAGCUGUAUUUCUGAUUUUUAACUGAUCCUUUCUAUAAAUAUAUUGUUGUAGGUAUGGACGAGGAAAUGGAAUGGCUCCAGACCUAAAAUACGUCGAAUCGGUCGCACGGACGAUUGCUGAACAUGCUGAAAGUGAGAAGAUUGUUGUGGAAAAGUCAACUGUACCAGUGAAAGCGGCCGAGAGUAUUACAUUCAUCUUGAAGGAAGCUCAAAGCUAUAAACAAAAUGUCAAAUUUCAAGUGAGGUUUCAAGUUUUUCAAUGAAUUUUUUACUUUUUAUUAUGUUUUUUGAGGUAAUAUAACGUAUUUUCUUGCUUUUUUAUGUCAAUGUGGUUGUAGAAUAGGUAAAAAAUGAAAGGUUAAGAUAAAAGUUUGACUUGAAGUCUUGUCUUGAAGAAUAUUUUUAAAAAUUUUUCGAAGAUAAUAUAGAGUUUGAAGCUCAAUAUCGUUUUUAAAGGAUAAUAUAAGCCCUUUCAGGUCCUUUCCAACCCGGAAUUUUUGGCUGAAGGUACCGCAAUGACAGACUUGGCCAAUCCAGAUCGUGUCCUCAUCGGAGGAGAGAAAAGUCCCGAAGGUGAAGCUGCUGUCCAAAGACUCGUAGAAGUCUAUAGUAACUGGGUAUCAAAGGAACGUAUCAUUACGACCAACACCUGGUCUUCAGAGUUGUCAAAGCUGGCUGCUAACGCCUUUUUGGCUCAGAGAAUCUCUUCGAUCAACUCGAUUUCAGCCAUUUGUGAAGCGACUGGAGCUGAGAUCAGUGAAGUCGCUCAUGCUAUUGGGAAGGAUACUCGAAUUGGGGCCAAAUUCUUGCAGGCUAGUGUUGGUGGGUUUGUUUUUGUUAUAGAUCAUCAGAUGAAUAUUGUUAUAGACUAUCAGACAUUAAAAAUUGAUUUUAAUUUUUAAAAAAACUGUUUAUAUAUUGUAGUAGAUGUAACUAAUAAACACCUUAUUUUAGGCUUCGGAGGCUCAUGCUUCAAGAAAGACGUCCUUUCUCUUGUGUAUCUGUGCGAAUCUCUGAAUUUGAAGCACUGUGCCGACUACUGGAACGCUGUCGUCCAAAUGAAUGAAUGGCAACGUCGUCGCUUCUCGGACAAGAUUGUUCUGGAGCUUUUUAACACUGUAGCCGAGAAGAAGAUUACUUUCUUCGGAUUUGCUUUUAAAAAGAACACUGGAGACACCAGAGAAUCGUCAGCUAUCAGCGUAGCCAAGCAUCUGUUGGAUGAGAAGGCCAAGUUGACCAUUUAUGAUCCAAAAGUCACUGAACAACAAAUGAGAAACGAUUUGUUGAUGGUUACCAGCAAGGAUAAGGGUAAGAUAAUACAAGUUCAACCUAUGAUAACAUCAUCUUUUAGUCGAUUCUGUUGAAUAUUCGACUGAUCCCUACAAAGCAGCUGAAGAAUCGCACGCUAUUGUGAUCUUGACCGAGUGGGACGAGUUCAAAACAUACGACUAUGAACGUCUGUUUGCUUCGAUGAAGAAGCCAGCCAGUGUCUUCGACGGUCGACUUCUGUUGGAUCAACACAAGUUGAAGUCGAUUGGAUUCAGAGUGUUCACGAUCGGAAGCAUGCCAACUCAGGCUUACAAGUUGUUUGAUUAG